AUGGCAGAAGAGGUUGUAUCGUGGACGAGGUUGAAUGGACCGAAGUUAGAGACUUUCCUCUUCGGUCAAGCUCUCAUUGACUAUUUCCAGUUUCACUUGGAAAGGAAAAUGAGGAUGGAGAGUGAAGUACUCUCCUCUCCCAGUAAAUUCGUCAAAAGGUGGAUUACUAUCAUGGAACCAAAUACAAAACAGGUAUACGAUAACCAAAACGAUAACGACUCUACAUCGUCCGUCCAGAUUAGCGACGUGACACUCAUUUCUUAUGUCCCUGUAAUGAUGAGUUGUCAGACAUUAAUGCAUCUUUACGCUCAUUCACGUAUCGAGGAGGAAUAUAGUGAAAAGCAGGGUUUCUCUUCGGUGUAUCAAGAUUUCGUGAAAAUAAACGAGGAGGUGCAACGUCUAACGAGUACGUGGAUGACCAAUGCUUUAUCCGUGGAAUAUUUUAUAAACAUUUUUUCAAUUCCUUUAAUACAUUUCAUAAGCGAAGUUUUUGGUCGUAAAGUUGGCAUGCUGUUGUCUCUGAGCGGUACACUCGGAAAAGUCAUAGUAAUUACAGCAACGAUGUUCUUCAAACUACCUUUGGACGUCUUGGUUUGGGCAUGCGCUAUCAAUGGCAUCACCGGAGGAACUGGAAGCUUCAUCACUGGUAUAGUUUCGCACAUUUCCGAUAAAAGCAACCUCGGAAAAUCCUGCUUCGAUCAUUUUUCAAGAAUUCUGGCUUUAGCCAUUGGAGUGUCCGGCAUUUUUACUGUUAUCUUCGGUUAUAUAAUGACUUCCUUUAGCAGAAUCAUCGUGUCUCUGUGUUUGGUGUAUUUAGCUUUAGUCUGUGCAAUCAUUAUUAUAUUUCGUUUUGAGGAAUCACAAAACAGAAACGCCAGCCAAAUGAGUCCAACAAUGAAAUGUUCCUUUCGGGAUUUAUGGAAUGUUGUGCCUAUCAGAAAAUUUUUAUUGUUGUUCUUUUUCUUGUCAAUGGCAGCCUUCAGUUAUUUGCCUGCUGGAGGACAGACUAUCUUUGUCACGCAGUUUUUUAUUAACAAAUCAGUUAACGCCUGCAACAACACCACGAUCGGAAUAUACUUAGGUAUUUUCGCUUUCAGCUUUUACAUCACUCACUUCUUCGCAAGCAUGGCAAAAAUGGAGCAUAUAAGCAGUAAUGUGAUAAUCGUUGUAUGUCUUCUACUCGGGUUCGUCAGCAGUAUUGUUCUUUCUUUCACAAUGAGAAUGUUCUUUUAUCAAGCAGUUCUGGUGAACAACUUGGUUGUCUACACAGUAAUGUAUUUCAUCGGCAGAGAGUUGUCUCUGCUUGUUGACGUCCGCUUACAUGGUUGCCUUUAUGCCCUAUUGUUCGUCAUCAAUUUAUGUGCUACGUCACUGACGCUACCUUUCCUCAAUAUGAUAUAUAAGAGAACGCUCAGCCAUUUUCCUGGUUCUCUAUAUUUUACAUAUGCCGCGUUCUUUUUAAUUGCUGCAUCUUUUCAAUUCGGAGUGUGGUUUUACGAGAAAGAUAAAAAAGAAUGA